AUGGAUAUGCCGAAGAAAAAGGCCGUUGCCGAGUGCAUCUCGGACGAAGCCUUGACCCACCUCAAAUCGUACAAGUACUCGGCCGUCGACAAAUCGCCCGUCUCCAAGUAUAUUCUCGGUCCUUGGUGGAAUGCAUUCGUCAACGUCCUGCCCAUGUGGCUGGCCCCGAACAUGGUCACGCUCCUAGGAUUCUUCUUCAUUUUGGGGAACAUCGUGUUGAUGUCCAUCUACAUUCCAGACUUGAUAGGACCGGGCCCUACUUGGGUAUACCUGAGCUUUUCCUUUGGUCUCUUUAUGUAUCAGACCAUGGACAAUGUCGAUGGAAAGCAGGCAAGGCGAACGGGGACAUCCUCCGGUCUAGGCGAGCUCUUUGAUCACGGGAUUGAUUCGCUCAACUGCACGCUUGCUUCGCUCCUGGAGACUGCCGCCAUGGGUCUUGGAUGCAGCAAAUUGGGCGUCUUCACCGCUCUAUGCUAUUUCAACGGGCCGACCGAGGGCCUACUGAUUGCAGCCGCUGUCAUGGCUGUUGGAGGUAUUUGGGGUCCAGAGGUCUUCCGCGUUCCUCUCAAGUACGCCAUCGGGGAGAAGACACUCCUGGCCGAAUUCCUGGGGGAGACCAACACCUUGGAUAUAUGGGUGCUUGUCAUUGUCGUCCCUCUUUGCACGGGACACAUUCCAGUCUGCGUCUACAAUGUCUGGAGGGCCAGGCGGGCCAAGGGUCUGCCUCUUGCCCCAGUCUUCCUCGAGUGGACUCCUCUGGCGGUCUACACACUCGCCAUCGGAGCGUGGAUAUACAGCCCUUACAGCACAUUGAUGGACAACAAUCAUCUGACACUGUUGUGCCUGACCCUGUCGUUUGUUUUCGGACGAAUGACGACAAAGAUGAUCCUGGCGCAUCUGACGAGACAGCCAUUUCCAUAUUGGACAGUGAUGCUCGUUCCGCUCCUCGGUGGCGUGGUGAUUGGCAACCUUCCCCUGUUGGGCUUGCCUCAGAUUUCACCACAGUUGGAGCUGGCGUAUCUCUGGGGUUACUUUGUAUUUGCCGGCAUUAUAUACUUUAGAUGGGCGUUCCUUGUCGUUGGCAGCAUUUGCGAAUUCCUUGGGAUCAAUGCGCUUACCAUACCGAAAGCCAAGCAGGAGGAGACCAGGCGGAGGAUAGAGGAAGAGAAAGCUACUCAGGGAAGACAGGACUGA